GCUGCCCCGCGGUCGGCGGUAAAGCAUCAGAAGCCUGAGCAUGGAGGCAGCGCGCCCUCCUCCGACGGCGGGGAAGUUCGUGGUGGUCGGCGGGGGCAUCGCGGGUGUCACUUGUGCGGAGCAGUUGGCGAUUCACUUUCCAUCAGAAAAGAUUCUCCUGGUAACAGCUUCUCCUGUUAUUAAAGCAGUUACAAAUUUCAAGCAGGUUUCUAAAGUAUUGGAAGAGUUUGAUGUUGAAGAACAACCAAGUACCAUGUUAGAAAACCGCUUUCCCAACAUUAAGGUCAUAGAAUGUGGAGUAAAGCAACUGAAGAGUGGAGAACAUUGCAUUUUAACAGAAGAUGGCAGUCAGCAUGUAUAUAAGCAACUCUGUCUGUGUGCUGGAGCUAAACCAAAGUUGAUAUGUGAAGGAAAUCCUUACGUCAUAGGAAUUCGUGAUACAGAUAGUGCUCAGGAAUUUCAGAAACAGCUUACUAACGCUAAAAGAAUAAUGAUCAUAGGGAAUGGUGGUAUCGCACUUGAAUUGGUGUAUGAAAUUGAAGGAUGUGAAGUAAUUUGGGCCAUUAAAGAUAAGGCUAUUGGGAAUACUUUCUUUGAUGCAGGAGCAGCUGAAUUCUUGACCUCAAAGCUCAUUGCCAAAAAACCAGAGGCUAAAAUUGCACAUAAAAGAACCAGAUAUACAACUGAAGGAAAGAAAAAGGAAGCUGGAACCAAAGUUAAUGCCAGUAAUAUAGGCAGUGCCUUGGGACCUGAUUGGCAUGAAGGCUUGAAUCUUAAAGGAACAAAAGAGUUUUCUCAUAAGAUUCACAUUGAAACUAUGUGUGAAGUAAGGAAUAUCUACCUUCAGAAAGAAUUUAGAAUUUCUAAGAAAAAGUCCUUGACAUUUCCAAGAGACCAUCAUAAUCAGUCAGUUAUAACUGAUAAAGAGAUAUGGCCUGUAUAUGUGGAACUCACCAACGACAAGAUAUAUGGCUGUGACUUCAUUGUUAGUGCUACGGGAGUUACUCCAAAUAUAGAACCUUUUCUCUGUGGCAACAACUUUGAUCUAGGAGAAGACGGUGGCCUGAAAGUGGAUGAUCAUAUGCACACAUCCCUUCCUGAUAUCUAUGCUGCAGGUGACAUCUGUACUGCGUCCUGGCAACCCAGCCCACUCUGGCAGCAGAUGAGGCUGUGGACCCAGGCUAGACAGAUGGGAUGGUAUGCGGCGAAGUGCAUGGCUGCAGCUAGCUCAGGAGACUCUAUUGACAUGGAUUUCAGCUUCGAACUUUUUGCUCAUGUAACAAAGUUUUUUAACUAUAAGGUUGUACUGUUGGGAAAAUACAAUGCACAGAACUUGGGUUCAGAUCAUGAAUUAAUGCUGAGAUGUACCAAAGGACAAGAAUACAUCAAAGUCGUCAUGCAGAAUGGACGAAUGAUGGGAGCUGUCUUAAUUGGUGAAACCGAUUUAGAAGAAACAUUUGAAAACUUAAUAUUAAACCAGAUGAAUCUUUCAUCGUAUGGAGAAGAUCUACUAGAUCCAAAUAUUGAUAUAGAAGAUUAUUUUGACUAAAAUGGACAUUUCAAGAACCACAUAAAUUUUCAAAUAAGACAAAAUGUCAAGUCAGUAAAGUAAAUGCACUGAUUUAAUGGUGACUAAUUGAAGUUAAAAAUACAGACAUGAUAAUGAUUUUAUUGGAAAAGUAUUUAAAAAUAAUAUUCUAAAGAUGAAAUCAGUUUGGAUAAUAUAUUUACAGAUUUUUUUCUCACAUAAAACUGACCUCUUAUGACCACUUAUGUAAGAAUUUUCAAGUUAUUUAAACUUAGAUGUGUUCAUUUGUGGUUUAGUUUUGGAGCAAAUUUAGCUAGGUUGGUCUGGUGUAAACCAGAUCCAUUCUUUGUGAAAUGUCAAAAUAGGGCUAUGGUUUCAAGCUUAGGGUUUUAUUUUACUUAAAAAGAGAUGUAGCCAUCUUACUUGCUAAUAUUUGUACUGAUACCUUACUAUUCUUUUUGUUUGGAUUCUACAUCUGUUAUAACCUGAAGUCACUCACUUUCUGUGAUGAGCCUGUGUAGAAUUUUCAGUAUAACAACAAUUCUGUCAAAAGAUACUUAUGUAAAAAGAAAAAUACAAGGCAUAAAGAGCU